AUGACGUUUUGGUGGAAGAAGAGUCCAAAGACUCCCGGGGAUUACGUUAAGCAUCUUACUGAACAGUUGUCCAAAUUCGAGCUAUCUGGUCCUGAUAAUAGGAAAAAGGUACAAGAUGAAUGUACCAAGUAUAUUACUGGUACAAAAGAUUUCAUGCUUGGAGAGACUGAUCCUGCCCCCACUAGCGAAGCAAUCGAUGAGCUAUAUUCAGCAAUCUAUGAGGCAGAUUUGUUGUAUGAUCUAUUGCUGCAUUUGCAUGAGCUUGACUUUGAAUCAAGGAAAGACGUGGCAUUAAUAUUCGCGACAUGCUUGAGGCGAUCUAAGGACAACAAAUUUACCACUGUUGACUACUUAGUUACGAAGCCAAAGAUUUUGUCAUAUAUGCUCCGGGUGUCAGAAUUGGCGCUGAAUAAGCUUCAUGGCACGGAAAUAUUCCUAACGGUCGGCGGGAUGAUAUUGGAGUCAAUGAAGUAUGAGCAAUUAUGCCGCUUGUUCUUGCGGAAUUCCCAAAUUUGGAAUUUCUUUGAGUUUGCACGGCUAGGUUCCUUUGAAGUGAGCACCGAGAGCUUACAAAUCUUGACGGAGCUAUUUACUACGCAUACGAAGCUUGUUGCUACUGAGUUCUUUAACCAGGAUGCUAACAUAAAAAAGUUUAUCGAUCGGAUUAACAUGUUGAUGGCGCACGGCAAUUAUGUGACCAAGCGACAGAGCGUAAAAUUGUUGCGGACAAUGAUACUUAACCGAGCAUAUGGCCAACUAAUGAACAAUUACAUUAAUUCCCCUGAGAACUUAAAAUUGAGCAUGAUUUUAUUAAGCGACCGCUCAAAGAAUUUGCAGUUGGAGUCGUUUAAUGUUUUUAAGGUUGUUGUGGCUAAUCCUAGGAAAUCCAAACCAGUACUGGACAUAUUGAUCAAGAAUCGUGAUAAAUUAUUAAAGUUUUUUGAGAAUUUUGGCUUGGAUACCAAGGACUCCACGUUAUUGGAUGAGAAAGAAUUUGUUGUAGCUCAAAUAGAAGGCCUUCCAAGAUUGAUGAGCUCCAAUACCGAAAAUAAUUUGGGGUCUUCUCCUCAGAAAAAUGUUAUUGUUUGA